UCUCCCGCUGUCUGGGAGGCGGAGCUGAGGGGGCCGUGAUCAUUCAUGCAAAAUGUUUUUCUAACAAACGCCCCCGAGGGUUUAGUCACAGAGACAGACAAAACAAGCAGGCAGCUCGGAGUGGCUGACAGGACGACGUUCAUGUGUGCGCUUCCUCAGGGAGUGCGCUCCAACACACAGCGGCUCAACACGGGCUACAUGUUGGACAGGUUUGAACUCUCUAACAGCAGAAACUAACUUCAUGGACUAGCGGAGGAGCUACGGCUUCAUGAGAGGACACAAUGCUGACUUUUAUAAUGCGAACACAUCCCGUGUUACAGGUGUUGCAGGUGCUGUAGAUGUUUAAAAUGCGUUUUGGCGCCGCGCUGGCAUUCAUCGCCAUCGUGGUGUGUGCGCGGCUGCUGGAAUGCACCACAAUAUGUCAGAUGGCAAAUCAAAAUGAUUAUGUUGAGGGAGACUGUCCUGUGAAACUGACCCCAGUCCUGCCCCAGGACUCUACGAUGAUUUACUCUGAAUGUGUCACUGUCCGUGUUUGGAUGAAGGCUGAGGACUUCUCUAAAUGCCUGAAGAUUGAAAUCCUCUCAAAAUCUAAAGAUGUAAUUUGGCCUACUUUGAAACAAAGGAAACAGCAAAAGUGUGGCAUUGAAAAAAAACGCAGUGAAAAUCGAGUCAAGUGUGACAGGGGUGUCGCAGAACCACACAGCAACACUACUUUUGCUGCGUGGGAGCUGGUACACGAUUGUAUCAAGACUGAAGCAAACCACGUUGUUUCUGUGUCCUACAUCACUACAUCAUCGAGCUGCAGCGUCAGUUACACAGUACCAGAUCCUAUACCAGACUUUGAUCUGUCUGUGAACCAGUCGUCUAAAUCCAUCUCUGUCACUGUGGAGCCUGGAGACAAAGUCCACGCCAGAUGGUGUUACCAAAGAACUGCAUGGAACUGCGGAGCACCUUCCCCCCGGAUUACUAUCGAUCCGUCUCAGUCUCGAUCAGCUGUUCUUGACAUCCCUUACCUGCUGCCCUGCGUGUGUGUGCAGGUAUACUACACCCGCACAGAUUCCCGCCGACACAAAAAGUGCCCGUUUCAGAGCCUCACAGAUUUCAGAGAUGUGUGGCCCUCCUCUGAAGUCACACUGUAUGAGUCAAGUUUGAAGUGGAGCUCGGAGUGUCCUGCCAGCAACCUGAACGUCUCUGCCUCCCUCUGCUGGAGGCAAAACGAACACCUCUGCAUACCUGUGCUCAACUCCACACUGCAGGACGAGGACGAUGGAACAAACCUGAUAUAUGACACAUCUGCAGUGGACAAACACCCUCAGAUGUGUGUGCAGUUUUCUCUACCAGGCAGUCAUGAUAUCUCUUGUCCCUUCCAGCCUGAUAUGUCUUCAUGGGAGGUGUAUAUUGGACCAGGCAGGCAGAGUGUCUUUUUGUAUCUCACCUCUAAUGUUCCUGCAAAGUUCUCAGCUCAACUGUGCGUCCUUACUAACAGUGGAUGUACACCCAUGGGGCAGGUCCACUCAUUGAUAAUGGGAGGGAAUAUGACUGAGCUGAGGAUAAAUGUGCCUCUCACAAGCUUUCUUGCCGAGAAGCCGUGUGUGCAGGUGUGGCAAUCGGAUCCUGCACUUCGUGGUAGGAGAAUUCUGUGCCCAGACUACACGCACAAUCGAUGGGGGAUGUAUGCUGUGGCAGCUUUAGAGUUUGUGGUUAUUGUUGUGUUACUGGGAGUUUUCAUCCACCAUCUCACCAAGAAUGGAGCUGCAGGUUUGCUCUGUAUCCAGGAGCCAGUGUUGCUGGUGUGCUCAUCGGAGCAGUCAGCCCACGUGUCUGCCGUGUGUGCAUUAGCCUCGAUCCUGCAGGGGGAGCUAAGUGCUGCGGUGCACAUGGCUUUAUGGGCUCAAACCUCACAAGCAAAGGCUGGGACUGGAGUGGCAGAUCUGGGUCCACUCCCCUGGCUGUACGGGCAGUGGGAAGCUGUGCGUAAGGCACAAGGAAGAGUGCUGAUUGUUUGGAGUCCUGACGCCAGAAAGAUGUAUGAGAAGUGGAGGGAGGAGAGGGCAAACAUGGGUAAGACUGAGAGAAAAGAGGAGGAUUACAGCAAAGCAGAGGUGAGACAUGAGAACAUGACAGAAGAGGAUUUGAAUUUAAAUGGAAGAAGAUUGGGAAAAUGGAAAAAAGACAAAGCUGCAGGAAAAAAAGAUUAUAAAAUACGUGAUGAUAAAGACUUGUACACCCAGAGGGAACCUUCCUCAGUGAUAACGCCAGUGUUUACAGCUGCUCUGGCCUGCCUAGAGGGGGCACUGCAGGAGGGCAAAUGUCAAGGAGUGGCACUUGUUUACUUCCAGGGCCUUUGCCACAGCAGGGACAUCCCAAAGGCCUUCAGAGGUGUCCCUCGGUACUGUUUACCGCAGGAUUUCAGGGGUUUAAUACAGGAACUUGGAGGGAUGAGAAGAUGGAUAAAAACUGGUAAAUUCCGGUGGCACUGCUGGCCCAGACUACUGUCUAAAAUAAUGUCAAUAUGGCUGGCACGGCAGCUAGCCCAGAGACUACAAACACUGCUGCCUCAGACGCACAGAGAGAAAAUGCAAAGGCUGCGUGUCACAUCAUCAGUGAAGAUGAUGUCAGAUAAGACUCAGAGCAGGCUCAAGUUUCCACUGGCAGCCAACGUGGCAAGGCCAGGAACGGUGCAAGAGCAUGAGCCGCUCCACGAGUCGCCAUGGUGAGCAGAGAAACUUUAAUCUCAAGUUUCACAUGUCUGAUGGGGACAGACUUUUGUUCUGCUGGAAACAUGAUACGUAUGCAUCAGACAUGGGAGCUGGUGUUUCAUUGCGAGCACCUCGGAGCCAAUCGCUCCGUAAGGACAGUCGAGUAUUUGACACCAUCACGUGCAAAGUACCACCACUCUUUUUGCAUAUUAAGGAUAAGUAAGUCCUGUCUCCUGCAUUAAGCGUCUAAUAGUGGCUCUAUUUGUUGCUGUCAUGACUGAAGCCAUAGUGGGCAGCUGUCCUAUCUGCUGUAUGUAAAUAUGAUAAGCGCUAUGAAAAUCUGUUUGCAAAUUAUAUCUUAUUUUCUGCAUGUGUGCACUGAAUGUUUGAAAGUCUUGUCAUGGCACAGGUGAAAAUUUUAUGACUGCAGAACGCAGGGACUUACAGAUUUGCAUACUGAUUUUCAUAUUAACAGGGACGUUGAACCAAAGCUGUCCCAGGAUUUCCAGUGUAAGAGUGCAAGAGGUGGAAAGAUAAAGAGACUUGUAUUGGUACUGAAAUGCGCCUGACCAUUUGGCAGUUAAUUCACGUGGUCAGGUAAUUUUACUUUUGCCUUUAGUGUGGGAGAUCUGUUGUUACACAUGUGCAAACAUACUACCUCCUAAAAAGUAUAAAUCCAGUGUGUCUGUUUUUGUGUUCCCCCUCAGGCAUACUGCACUGCAAACAUGAGAUUGCCUCUUGAGGAAAUGUUUGUUCAAAACUGUUGGCAUUAGAACAUUUUGUAUGGAAGAUGAUAAAAAAGCAGAUGCAAAAUAUGAUGCUAAAUAAAUAAUGUUUUUAAUACUACAUAAUC